UCUGUCAAAGCCCACAUUUAAACUGCUGCCUGCCUGUGCAGCAGCUGAGGAACUACAGAAUGGAUUUUAUACACCACAAUUCUGGGUUAAAAUAACGCCAAACCAUUUCUAUUACUGCCUAGCAACAAUGAAGGAAGGAACACAGAGAGAUCCUAUUACCGAAGACAACUGAGGCACUACGCACUAGCACUCCCUGCUAACAUUUCCACCAGAAAUAUGGAUCCUGAGGAGAGGAGAACACAGCCCUGUAUUGUCCAAGCUGACAGACACCAGACGUGAGAGCCCCAAUGCAGCAGCUGUGAGCGCCAGCCAACCCCGUGCUCCGCAGCAACAACUCCUGCCCUUUUGUCUGCAGCAUGAACAGAAAGCCCCAAGACAAGGACACCACUUUGAAGCAAGGAAGGUAACACGGCAUCGGGCAGGCAGAUGGACAGAGUGGAUCCCGAGCAGAGCGGUCGCAGGAAGCAGGGAUGAUGGGGGAUGUGUGCAUGGUCGAGAGCAUCUUUUUUGCUGAAGUGAUGGCGUGCCCAAACUAUUUUUUGUGGGUAUAAUCCUGCACCAUAAAUGGCCUGACCAAGGAAGAGUGAGCCAUUUGCAGACAAUUACUCAUCUCAAAGGAAAAUGAAUACCAAAGAAUAGCUGUGGAUUCUAAACCAAUUGGAAAAUCCUUUUCCUUGAGCAUUGUCUCAUAUCUCACUGGAUCCUUACAACAUGCUUCAAUGGAGAAGACGACACUGCUGCUUGGCAAAGAUGACCUGGAAUACCAAAAGGUCUCUCUUUCGCACCCAUCUCAUUGGCCUGGUCUCUCUGGUGUUUCUUUUUGCCAUGUUUCUGUUCUUUAACCAUCACAACUGGCUGCCAGGCAAGGCUGGAAUUAGAGAAAACCCCAUGUCUUACACCAUACGAGGAUUUAGAUCUACAAAAAGUGAGACCAACCACAGCUCUCUAAGGAACAUGUGGAGAGACGCUGUGCCUCAGACAUUUAGGCCUCAGACAGUCACCAACCCUAACAACACAGAUUUGUCACCACAGGGAGUAACAGGUUUGGAAAAUACCCUCAGCGCCAAUGGAAGUAUUUACAACGAGAAAGGAACAGGGUAUCCCACUUCCUAUCAUUUCAAAUAUGUCAUAAAUGAGCCUGACAAGUGCCAGGAAAAGACCCCUUUUCUAACACUGCUCAUAGCCGCAGAGCCAGGCCAGGUGGAGGCCAGACAAGCAAUUCGACAGACCUGGGGCAACGAGAGCCUGACACCUGGCAUCCAAAUUGUGCGGAUUUUUUUGUUGGGCUUAAGCACCAAGGUAAAUGGAUACCUCCAGCAAACUAUCCUUGAGGAAAGCAGACAGUACCACGACAUCAUUCAACAAGAAUACUUAGAUACCUACUAUAAUUUAACUAUAAAAACUCUGAUGGGAAUGAACUGGGUUGCAACCUACUGUCCACAUGUUCCAUAUGUUAUGAAAACUGAUAGUGAUAUGUUUGUCAAUACUGAAUAUUUAAUACACAAGCUUCUGAAACCAGAACUUCCUCCAAGGCACAAGUAUUUUACAGGUUAUUUAAUGAGAGGUUAUGCACCUAAUAGGAACAAGGAUAGCAAGUGGUAUAUGCCACCUGAUUUGUAUCCAAGUGAACGUUAUCCUGUAUUCUGCUCUGGAACUGGUUAUGUUUUUUCUGGAGACUUAGCAGAAAAAAUCUUUAAGGUCUCCUUAAGCAUCAGACGUUUACAUUUAGAGGAUGUGUACGUGGGGAUCUGUCUUGCCAAGCUGCGGAUUGACCCCAUGCCCCCACCAAACGAGUUUGUCUUCAAUCACUGGCGAGUUUCUUAUUCCAGCUGUAAAUACAGCCACCUAAUUACCUCCCAUCAGUUCCAACCUAGUGAACUGAUCAAAUACUGGAACCACUUACAGCAGAACAAGCACAACGCCUGCACAAAUGCGGCCAAAGACAAGGCCGGCAGGUACCGCCACCGCAGACUGCACUGAGGGCCAGUGCUGCUGCCCAGCCCCACGUGGCAUGUGUAAAUAAACAGUGCUGAAUGCAUGGACAGUGACCAUGGAGAUGCCCCAGGCAAAGCCCAAACUGAGCCCAGCACAUAGUGCAGGCAGGAAAUUAUUUUUUUAAGUUAAAAAAAAAAA